GGAAUCUGCGGCACCUGAUUGGCCCGAUAAGUGUUAUCAUUGCACUGAUAUCCGCUAUCAAAGAUCACCAUCUCCCGCGCUGCAACGUCUACCUAGGAAUCCGCAAAAGCAGAGGAGUCCCACGGUCGCUGAACGAAGUGGCUGCUGCUUCUCCGGUGCCUUUCAUGCGUCAUUACAUAUUGCACUAUGCUCAUUGGUACACCAAAUGGUCAUGAAUCGCCCCUGGGGCCUGUCCGCGGCCGUCUUCACACACCAACCUGCACGGCUCCGGAGAUGUGCAUUUCCUUGAUUGCCUCUGAAUGCCUACCUUGAUGAGAGAUUAGAUAUCGUUCGCCGUGUGUCCGGCCAGAUGCUCUGACGAUGGCAGUGCCACCAUGAUAGACCAUGUCUACAUCCCGUCUUGUUCCUCUCCUUUUUGUCACUUCUCUUUCCUCUGAUGUUCUCCUGGUUAGCUUUUUGACGACAUUGAUCCAGCCUCGCCAGCCUUGAUUGACUCGGGUUGGCUUCUCUACGACUCCCGUCUUAUCUUGUCAUUGUUCAACUGGCUUGUUUCUCUUUUGAUAACCCCCAUUCUGGACGAUCCUCCUCACAGCCUGCCCACAAUGGCAGUCGGGCGCAAGAAGAUUGUUGUUGUUGGUUUGGGAAUGGUGGGCAUCAGCUUCAUAGAGAAACUCCUCAAACUCGAUGCCAGAUCGCGCGAGUACAACGUUGUAGUAGUUGGCGAAGAGCCACAUUUGGCAUACAACAGAGUUGGCUUGACCAGCUUCUUUGAGCAUCGCAAGAUUGAGAACUUGUACCUGAAUCCACUAGAAUGGUACACAGCUGUACCUGACGGAGCUCUCAGCUACCACCUGAACACCAAAGUCACCGAAAUCUACCCAAACAAAAAGACCAUAACCUGCGCAAAUGGUGACGAAGUCAGUUACGACAUCUUGGUUCUGGCUACUGGCUCCGAUGCCGUGCUGCCAAAACACACGCCCGGUCAUGACGCCAAGGGCGUCUUUGUUUACAGGACUGUCGAGGACCUGGAGAAGCUCAUUGCUUUCUCAGCGAACCAAAAGGGCACAGUUGGUGCCGUAGUAGGAGGUGGCUUGUUGGGACUCGAAGCUGCCAAGGCUAUGAUGGACUUGGGAUGCUUCGAGAAGGUCAAAGUCAUUGAGCGCAAUCGAUGGGUUCUCAGCCGGCAACUGGACGCUGACGCAGGCGGCAUGGUUGUGGAACAAGUGCGAAGCCUCGGUGCUGAUGUUUUGCUCAGCAAGAGAGUGGGCAGGAUUGAGGUGACGGAGGACAACAGCGUCAAGGGUGUUCACUUUGAAGAUGGCGAGUACAUGGAGUGCUCGACCAUUUGCUUCGCUAUCGGUGUCCGACCAAGAGACGAGCUGGCCAGACAAUCAGGCAUUCUGUGUGCUGACCGUGGCGGCGGCAUCGUCGUUGAUGACAGCCUUCAGACCAGCCAUCCAGACAUCUACGCCAUUGGAGAGUGCGCAAGCUGGCAAGGUCAGACGUUUGGUCUGAUUGCCCCGGGAGUGGAAAUGGCUGACGUUCUCACAUUCAACCUCACACAAUCACAACAUCAUCAGCCACGAUUAUACAAACGCCCUGACCUGAGCACAAAGCUGAAGCUGCUAGGCGUCGAGGUUGCCAGCUUUGGAGACUUCUUUGCUGACCGUGACGGGCCAAAGUACCUUCCCGCAAAGGCAAAGAAGAAACCCGCCUCGCCGUUAUCAGCAGUCAAGGUGCUCACCAAUGGCGCCCCUCCGGCCCCAGUCAAGGCCUUGACCUACAAGGACCCGUUUCUCAACAUCUACAAGAAGUACAUUUUCUCGGUGGACGGCAAAUACCUCCUUGGUGGCAUGAUGAUCGGUGACACAUCCGACUACGUCAAGCUUGUCCCCUUAGUCAAGAACCAGAAAGAGCUCGACGUCCCACCGUCGCAACUUAUCCUUGGUGCCAAGAAGGAGGGUGCUGACGAUGGUGAUGAUCUCGACGAUGACACCCAAAUUUGCAGUUGCCACAAUGUCACCAAAGCAGAUGUUGUCAACACUGUCAAGGACGGUACCUGCAAGUCCAUCGGGGAGGUCAAGUCUUGCACAAAAGCUGGCACAGGCUGCGGAGGUUGCAUGCCUCUCGUGACCUCCAUCUUCAACAAGACUAUGAAGGACAUGGGCAAUGAGGUCAAGAACACCAUCUGCCCUCACUUCAACUACAGCCGUGCUGAUCUCUACAACAUCAUCAUGGUCAAGCGGUUGACCACAUUCCAGGAAGUGAUGAAGGAAGCCGGCGUCGACCCAGAGAGCAUAGGGUGCGAAGCCUGCAAGCCCACGCUGGCCAGCAUCUUUGCAAGCUUAUGGAACAAGCACGUCAUGGAUAAGCCUCACCAUGGUCUGCAGGAAACCAACGACAGAUAUCUGGGCAACAUCCAGCGGAACGGCACAUACUCGGUUGUACCUCGAGUAUCGGCUGGAGAGAUUACCCCUGAAAAGCUUGUGGUUAUUGGAGAGGUGGCGAGAGACUAUAAGCUGUACACCAAAAUCACUGGCGGUCAAAGAAUCGACAUGUUUGGUGCCAAGAAACAGGAUCUUAUUGACAUCUGGAAGAGGUUGGUGGAUGCUGGCAUGGAGUCUGGGCACGCCUAUGCCAAGUCCCUCAGGACAGUCAAGAGUUGCGUAGGUACCACUUGGUGUCGCUAUGGCAUCGGUGACAGUGUCGGCAUGGCUGUCCGCCUGGAGGAGCGAUACAAAUCUCUUCGCGCUCCUCACAAGAUCAAGGGUGGGGUGAGUGGUUGUGUGCGCGAGUGCGCCGAAGCUCAAAACAAAGACUUCGGCCUCAUCGCCACCGAGAAAGGCUUCAACAUCUUCGUGGGCGGUAAUGGCGGUGCCAAGCCCAGACAUUCUGAGCUCCUCGCCAAAGACGUGCCGCCCACUGAAGUCAUCCCCAUUCUGGACCGCUACCUGAUGUUCUACAUCCGCACGGCCGACAAGCUCCAGCGCACAGCUCGCUGGCUCGAAGCCCUCCCAGGCGGUCUGGCCUACCUCAGGUCUGUGAUCCUCGACGACAGCCUCGGUCUCAACGCCUCCCUCGAAGCCCAGAUGCAAGAACUGGUCGACAGCUUCUUUGACGAGUGGGCCGAAGCGAUCAACAACCCCGAGAUUGCCGCGCAGUUCAAGCAGUUCGCCAACACGACAGAGACAGUCGAGACAAUGGAGCUCGACACGGAUCGCGGCCAGCUCCGCCCGACUUUCUGGCCGAGCGACGCCUCGGCCAAGGAAGAUUUCGCCGGGCUGUCCAAGACGUGGUCAUCGUUGACCUGGCAGCCGAUGCUCGAGUCGUCGUACUUCAAGGGCGCGGAUGACAUUCCCAACGGCAUCUCGGCCGCUGUCAAGCGAGGCGACACCCAGCUCGCGCUGUUUAAAGUCAAGGGGAAGUACUACUGCACUCAGCAGAUGUGCCCUCACAAGCGGGCGUUUAUCCUGUCUGAUGGUCUGGUUGGGACCAGCUCGUCUUCUCCCAGCACGGGUGAGGCGCCGUAUGUCUCUUGUCCGCACCACAAGAGGAACUAUGACUUGUCCAAUGGUGCUUGCAAGAAUGAUUCGGAGCUGUCGAUUGCUACCUUCGAGGUGGAGGAGAGAGACGAUGGGAUGGUUUAUGUUAAGCUGCCGCCGGUUGAGGAGCUUGAUGAGAAGUUGGGGACGAAGAAGUGGAUGGUUAAGAGUGGAGAGGCGGGAGAGGGACAGUUGAAGGAGUUGGAUAGGAAGCUGGGGUUGGAAACGCCGGCGGGUGGGAACUGGAAGGGACAUAGGGCGAAGAAGCCUGGGGUGAAGCCGCAUGCGGAGAAUAGGAUGAGGAGGCCGGUGGAGGUUAUGGCUGGGGGAGGGGGGUGUGGGAGUGCACCGGAUUGGUGA